AUGAUGAUCGCGCCAUUGAUGAGGGGUCACUGCACCGUGGAGGUGCUUGUUUCGGCCUGGGCGCUGUGUGCGGUACUGAUCGCGGCGGCCCAAAAACCAUCAAUUACGGUGGAUGAGGUUGGCACGUUGUACAUCAACUCAACGAAAAAAGUGGUGGUCAAUGGUAUCAAUGUGGAGGCGGCCUUUGCUUACCUUUUUGAAGCGACAACAAGCAUGUGGAGCACACCAGAGCAACUUGUCAUCUCUUCCGCAACCAACGGUGCCAUCUCGGUAUAUGCAGCAGAUCUGGAUGGCGACGGUGAUCUUGAUGUUCUCAGUGCCAGUGUCGAUAGCGACAAGAUUGCGUGGUACCGGAACAACGGCAACAGCACCUUUUCCGCCCAGAUUGUCAUCUCCACCGCCGCCACCGGGGCGCACUCGGUGUAUGCGGCAGAUCUGGACGGCGACGGUCGGAUCGACGUCCUCAGCGCCAGUGCGAAUGACGGCAAGAUUGCAUGGUACCGCAACGAGGGCAACGGCACCUUUUCUGCCCAGAUCAUCAUCUCGGGCGCUGCCGGCAGCGCCCGCUCUGUGUACGCGGUAGAUCUGGACGGCGACGGUAAUCUUGACGUCCUCAGCGCCAGUCACAACACCGGCAUGAUUGCGUGGUACCAUAACGAGGGCAACGGCACCUUUUCCGCCCAGAUCGUCAUCUCCGCCGCCGCCAAUUCUGCCCAUUCAGUAUAUGCAGCAGAUCUGGACGGUGACGGAAAUGUCGACGUCCUCAGCGCCAGCCAGAACGACGACAAGAUUGCCUGGUAUCACAACGAAGGAGACGGCGUCUUUUCCCCCCAAAUCAUCAUUUCAACAGCCGCCGAUUAUGCCCGCUCAGUGUAUGCAGCAGACCUAGACGGCGACGGUGAUCUCGACGUUCUCAGUGCCAGCUGGAACGACGACAAGAUUGCGUGGUACCGCAAUGAAGGCGACGGCAUCUUCUCGGCCCAGAUAAUCAUCUCCACCGCCGCCGACGGCGCCUGCUCGGUGUAUGCGGCGGAUCUGGACGGAGACGGCGAUGUCGACGUCCUCAGCGCAAGCUACUAUGACAACAAGAUUGCGUGGUACCGCAACAACGGCGACGGCACCUUUUUAACGCAGCUCAUCAUAUCCACCGCUGCCGGCGGCGCUCGCUCGGUGUAUGCAGCAGAUCUGGACGGAGACGGCGAUCUCGACGUUCUUAGCGCCAGCCAGAACAGUGACAAAAUUGCGUGGUACCGCAACGAUGGCCAGUGGGACUGGAAAGCUCGCUUCAAUGUUCACUAA